AGGGCUGUCUCUGAUGUUCUGUCAGCCUCACAUCAGAACGGCUGCAGCGAGCGACAGGAGAGGAGGGGUUGUCUGACACGGAGCCGACGAAGGAAGAGGCAGCUGGGAAUUUUGUUGCUAUUGGACUGCUGGAUCUGUGUGCUUUCCCCAUGCUUAAUAACGCUCACUUCUGGCUGGGAAAUGUUAUUUGACUUCUGGAGAAUCACAGAUAUAUUUUGUGCUUGUCUGUCAAAGCUGUGACAUUUUAAAGGAGUGUUCGAACUGUGGUGUUUUCCUCGUCAUCAAAUGGAUGCAAGUGCGUGAGGGGAAUACUUAUAAACGGCGCGUUGCGUCCUGCGGAGGCACACCGCUUCCCUUUCCAUUGCUGCUCCCAAGGGCCAAGCAGAGCCCAUCAAUCACCCCACUGUUUGCCGACCUGCGGAAUUUUACUGCCUCAACCCGGGAAUUAACGAGUCUGAGCUGUGGAACCGUCAUUUCCAGUUUUGGGGGAGGGUGGAUCCAAUCCUCCUGCGUGGGAGGCGGUGGAGGGUACAUCAAAAUGGGGAACAGCUUCUCCAACAUCUCUGCCUUCCAGUCACUUCACAUCGUCAUGCUGGGUUUGGACUCUGCCGGUAAGACCACAGUUCUUUAUAGAUUGAAAUUCAACGAAUUCGUCAACACCGUCCCCACAAUCGGUUUCAACACGGAGAAAAUCAGGCUGAGUAACGGCACAGCGAAGGGCAUCAGCUGUCACUUUUGGGACGUGGGGGGACAGGAGAAGCUGCGGCCCCUCUGGAAGUCCUACAGCCGCUGCACAGAUGGCAUCAUCUACGUGGUGGAUUCGGUGGACGUGGACCGGCUGGAGGAGGCUAAGACCGAGCUGCAUAAGGUCACCAAGUUCGCGGAGAACCAGGGCACACCACUGCUGGUCAUCGCCAACAAGCAGGACCUGCCUAAGUCCCUGCCAGUGGCUGACAUCGAGAAGCAGCUGGCCCUGCAAGAGCUCGCGCCCUCCACGACGUACCACGUUCAACCCGCAUGCGCCAUCAUAGGAGAGGGGCUUCACGAGGGCAUGGACAAGCUGUACGAGAUGAUCGUGAAGAGGAGGAAGUCUCUGAAGCAGAAGAAGAAGCAGCGGUAACAGUGGCUGGAGCUGGACUCUGUUUCUGCCUGACUUACUGUGAGAAAUCCGGGGUUCUGCCAUUUGCGGCACCCAGGCGGGUUGAUUUCUGUUUUCUUCCAUCCUGUUUUUCGAAUUAAACCUGUUAAGCCCUUCUGAGUGAUGCUUUUGCACACAGAAGGCUGCAGGGUUGUCAACAGAACAUUAAACAAAAAAAAAAGACCUAUGAUCUAGAAACUUUGUGAGAGAAACGGGCUGGCCUGUUUUAUCUGCUGCUUUGUCUACAACUUUAAAGGAACAGUUUGGAUGUUUUGAAUUUAGAUUCUGUUAAGUUAUUUCACCUCUAGUAGACAGAUGUCAUAUUGCAAAGAGUUGGUUAAAAGUAAUGAAAUUGUAAGAGUGAUGAAAGGCUAACAGCUUUUUAAUAUUUUCUUUGGUCAAAGUUUCAUUAUGUAUUUAGAAUAAAAAUGGAUCAAAUUUUAAACUAGUCAGAUAGAUCUGUAACUAUUUAGAGCAACUGAAACUAGAAAUUUUUAUAUUUGUGGGAUUAAACAACUACAUUUUCCUGCAAGAGGCCUGUUAAGUUUGCUUUUUAACAAUCAAAGAAAGUUAAAUUUUUUUAGCUAAAGUUGUGGGUUGAGGCUGUUGUCUGGCACAAGCUGGUUAAGCAUAGUCAGUCAUAGAUUGAUAACCAAAAAAUACACCUGGUAUCAAUUUUUCCCACCUUUGUCCUAAAUCUUUUUGUUGGUAGCAUGUAUAAUAAAACUGUGUUAGUUUUACACAAUAUUAUACUCCCCUGUUUUUGUGAUUAAAAAACACAAAAUGCAUAAAUGCAUAAAUACUGUGUUAUGCAAACACAGUAUUUUAUAGGUUCCACCCUUCACAAAACAAUAAAUAAAUAAAAAAAACUAUAGAUGAUAAGAAUGUUUUCAUCUGUAGUUGUAGGAUUAUAGGAUUUUUUGGUAUACAUAUAAUCAACACAAAAUUGGAAAACAAAGAUGUCAUAAACCUAACAUUCUUUUCAAAUAUUCCAAAUCAAGGCCUAUCACAGUUAAAGUAACUCUUUGGGUUUUGGAAAAGGCUGUCUAUAGUGUUUAAGCAUCAACUAUGUUUUUUUUUCAAUUGAAAUUUUUUUUCAAUAUCUUGAUGUAUUUAUUCACUAUCAGCUAACUGUGCGGAUUCAUACAACAGACAGCCUCAAUCAAACUUUAGCCUACUAAUGUGAGCGAUUUUUGGAGAGAAGUUAGAAAGUGUCCUAAAGGUGCAGUUACAUAACUUUUAUGAAAAAUAUACUUUUUACAUAUUUAUUAAAACUGUCACCAUAUCGUAACAGUAUGUUAUGACACAGAUAAUUUGUGAAUAAACUGAUCUCCUCCACCUCCUCACUAUGCACAAUGCACCACUCCAGACCAAAACGAAUGAGUCAGACCUACGAUGAGUUAGGGCUGUUGCUAUAAAUAAUAAAUCAAAUAAUCGCAUGAUAAAUGAAAAUGAUUGACAUCAUUUUAAUUUAUCGGCUUUAUCGUU